GCGCCAAAUAGAACUGGCAGACAUAGACAUUCAGUACAAGAAGAAAAAGAUGGAAAAUCUUGCACUGGAGUCCAAAAUAAAAAAGAGGACAAUUAGGAAACUGGACCUUGAAAUAAAAAAACUUGAGAGGGAGCUCCAAGAAGAUGACACAGCUCAAAAUAAAAAUUAGGUAUAUUCUCGUAAAGUCAAGUGAGCCAUGACAUAUGAGCUCUUAUUGUGAGCACACAGGACGGUGGCAUCUUUCUAAGGUUUUUUUUAUUUUCCCAGCAAUCAGUACAACCAAGUCAUCGUUAUAAGGCACCGGCCUCUUUUGCCCACCCCCCCAGCACCAGGUGUGGCCACUAGCCUAUAUGAAGGCCCAAAAUUGUGUGUUCCUUUCUGCUCUGACAAUGGCAUGCCCAUUCUUGCGAGAUGUGGUGGAUGAAGAAGCACUUGUGCUGAGGAGAGCCUUCAGGCGAGAAAGGGUCUUCAGGGACCGGUUGGACCCACUGGCCUUCCCUGAUGACCAUCUAUAUGAAAGAUACAGGUUUUCUGCAGAUGGCAUCAGGUAUCUAUGCAGACUACUGGGUCCCAGGAUUAAGCACCGCACUGCACGGAGCCAUGCACUGAGUGUGGAGCAAAUGGUUUGUGUGGCCUUGCGCUUUUUUGCUAGUGGAGCCUUCCUGUACUCAGUGGGGGAUGCAGAACAGCUGAACAAGGCCACAAUUUGCCGCACAAUAAGGAGUGUGUGUCUGGCUAUCAAAGCAUUAGCAGAUGUCUUCAUCUCCUUCCCUGGCCACAGAAGACUCUGUGACAUCAAAGAGGAGUUCUAUAGGAUUGCAGGUUUCCCCAAUGUCAUUGGUGCAGUGGACUGCACACACAUAAGGAUAAAAGCCCCCUCAGGUGCCCAUGAGGCCGAUUUUGUGAAUAGGAAAUCCUUUCACAGCAUUAAUGUUCAGAUGGUCUGCAAUGCUGACUGUGUGAUCAGCAAUGUUGUGGCAAAAUGGCCUGGCUCAGUCCAUGACUCCAGAAUCUUUCGGGCCUCUGAAAUCUAUCAGUGCCUAUCACAAGGUGAAUUCUCUGGUGUGUUGCUGGGAGACAGGGGGUAUGGCUGCCAGCCUUUUCUCCUGACACCUUUCACAGACCCCCAGGAAGCACAGCAGGCCUACAACCAUGCCCAUGCCAGGACCAGGGCCAGAGUUGAAAUGACCUUUGGCCUCCUGAAGGCACGCUUUCACUGCCUUCACAAAUUAAGGGUCAGCCCUGUUAGGGCAUGUGAUAUUACUGUGGCUUGUGCUGUCCUCCACAAUGUGGCCUGCCUGAGGAAGGAGAGGGCCCCCAGAGUGCCACCAGCCAUGGACUGGGACAAUCCGGCAAUCUUCCCUGAUGACGACAGUGGUCGGCUGCUGAGGGACCAAUAUGUGUUGAAUUAUUUUAGUUAGUAUGUGUGCUUUCAAUUUUGGUUAAAUAUGUCCUGCGGUGGCAGAGGAAUUUGGGUUUUUUUGGGUUCGUUUUUUUACGAAUUUGGCCUCUUAUGAUGUUUGUGCGGUAUACUGUGUGUAAUACAAGGCUGCAGGGAGGCUACUGCAUCCAUUCAUUUGUCUGUUCAGUUGAUGUGUAUGGAUUUGUCCUGCAUUUAUUUUAGUGUGCAGACAUGCAGGGUGUGUUAUAUACAGACCUUUGAAUGUGUAUGUAUCAUUUUGUAUAAUAUGCUUUGAUUCUGUGCUUUCCAUCUUGUAGAGUCACUGUGACUUCAGUUUCGAAAGGAGCUGAUGGUUU